AUGUAUCUGUACAACUUGACUCUCCAACGUGCCACAGGUAUAACCCAUGCAGUGCAUGGGAAUUUCUCUGGCAGUAAAAUGCAAGAGAUUUUGGUUUCACGUGGAAAGUCUUUGGAGCUGUUAAGGCCAGAUCCAAAUACUGGAAAAGUUCAUACCUUAUUGACAGUAGAAGUAUUUGGAAUUAUAAGGUCUUUAAUGGCCUUUAGAUUGACUGGUGGCACGAAAGAUUAUAUUGUUGUUGGAUCAGACUCUGGACGCAUUGUAAUUUUAGAAUACAUUCCUGCCAAAAAUGUUUUUGAGAAGGUACAUCAAGAAACAUUUGGGAAGAGUGGAUGUAGACGCAUUGUACCUGGACAAUACUUAGCUAUAGAUCCCAAAGGAAGAGCUGUAAUGAUAGGUGCAAUUGAGAAGCAAAAGCUUGUUUAUAUUUUAAAUAGAGACCCUGAAGCUCGUCUUACAAUUUCUUCCCCUUUAGAGGCACAUAAAAGUAACACAUUAGUCUAUCACACUGUGGGAGUUGAUGUAGGUUUUGAAAAUCCUAUGUUUGCUUGUUUAGAAAUUGACUAUGAGGAAGCGGAUAGUGACCCUACGGGAGAUGCAGCGGUGAAAACGCAGCAAACAUUGACUCUUUAUGAACUAGACCUUGGUCUGAAUCAUGUUGUACGUAAAUACAGUGAACCUUUGGAAGAACACGCAAAUUUUCUGGUGUCAGUUCCUGGAGGAAAUGACGGGCCAAGUGGUGUUCUUAUUUGUUCAGAAAAUUAUCUGACAUACAAAAAUUUAGGAGAUCAGCAUGAUAUUCGUUGUCCAAUUCCGAGGCGGCGUAAUGAUUUAGAUGAUCCCGAAAGAGGCAUGAUAUUCGUAUGUUCUGCAACUCAUAAAACCAAGAGUAUGUUCUUCUUCUUAGCUCAAACCGAACAAGGAGACAUUUUUAAAAUUACACUCGAAACGGAUGAAGAUAUGGUGACUGAAAUUAAAUUGAAAUACUUCGACACUGUACCUGUUGCGGCAAGCAUGUGCGUUUUGAAAACAGGUUUCUUGUUUGUAGCUUCUGAAUUUGGUAAUCAUUACCUUUACCAAAUUGCACAUUUAGGAGAUGACGAUGAUGAACCGGAAUUCAGUUCUGCUAUGCCUCUUGAAGAAGGUGAUACAUUCUUUUUUGCACCAAGGCCGCUUAGAAAUUUAGUAUUAGUCGAUGAAAUGGACAGUUUAUCGCCCAUAAUGGCGUGUCAGGUAGCUGAUUUAGCGAAUGAGGAUACUCCACAGUUAUACAUAACGUGCGGUAGAGGACCACGAUCAACUUUGCGUGUUUUACGACACGGUUUGGAAGUAUCUGAAAUGGCUGUCAGUGAACUGCCUGGUAAUCCAAAUGCUGUGUGGACUGUUAAGAGAAGAGUCGAUGAAGAGUAUGAUGCUUACAUCAUAGUGUCCUUCGUCAAUGCUACUCUUGUACUUAGUAUUGGAGAAACUGUAGAAGAAGUGACGGAUUCUGGAUUUCUCGGUACAACGCCAACACUAAGCUGCUCUGCCUUGGGAGAAGAUGCACUGGUACAGGUGUAUCCUGAUGGAAUACGACACAUUCGUGCAGAUAAGCGUGUGAACGAAUGGAAGGCUCCUGGUAAAAAGACGAUAGUGAAAUGUGCAGUGAAUCAACGUCAGGUCGUGAUUGCGCUCACUGGAGGGGAACUAGUAUACUUCGAGAUGGAUCCCACUGGGCAAUUGAACGAAUACACGGAAAGGAAAAAGAUGCCGUCUGAAGUGAUGUGUAUGGCUCUUGGUAAUGUAGCAAUCGGAGAGCAAAGAUCAUGGUUCUUGGCCGUUGGCCUUCAGGACAAUACCGUAAGAAUUAUUUCGUUAGAUCCUUCGGAUUGUUUAGCACCCAGGAGUAUGCAAGCUCUACCAGCAGCUGCAGAAAGCUUAUGUAUCGUUGAAAUGGGCGCUAAAGACGCAAAUAGUUCAGAAGAAUUAUCUCCUCAACAAUCGAGUCUUUAUUUAAAUAUAGGUUUACAGAAUGGCGUCCUGCUAAGAACAGUGUUAGAUCCAAUUUCUGGUGAUCUCGCGGAUACACGCACACGAUACUUGGGUUCGCGGCCCGUUAAAUUAUUUAGGAUAAAAAUGCAAGGGAACCAAGCUGUUCUUGCGAUGAGUAGCAGAUCAUGGUUGAGUUAUUAUUAUCAGAAUCGUUUCCAUUUGACUCCAUUGUCGUACGAAAGUCUAGAGUUUGCGUCGGGCUUUAGUUCUGAACAGUGUCCUGAGGGAAUUGUUGCCAUUUCCACAAAUACACUGAGAAUUCUUGCUCUUGAGAAGUUAGGUGCGGUUUUCAAUCAAAUUAGUUUUCCUUUGGAGUAUACACCGAGAAAAUUUGCGAUUCACUCGGACUCUGCACACUUAAUUAUCAUUGAAACGGAGCACAAUGCGUAUACGGAGGAAACGAAACAGCAAAGAAGGUUACAAAUGGCAGAGGAAAUGCAAGAAGCCGCUGGUGCUGAGGAGGCUGUGGUAGCGAGAGAAUUAGCGGAGGCUUUCUUGUCUGAAGAACCUAACGAAGCUGUAUUUGGUGCACCAAGAGCUGGACCAGGCUUGUGGGCAUCGUUGAUAAGAAUUAUAGCCCCUACGACGGGACAAACAUUCGAAGUUCAUCGUCUGGAACAAAAUUUAGCUGCCUUAUGUUUAAGCCUUGUAAAGUUUGCGAAUCAGGGUGACCAACUGUUUCUCAUAGUUGGUAUCGCAAGGGAAUUUCAAUUGAAUCCGAGGGUUAGCAGUGGUGGCUUUCUAUAUACGUAUAAAGUAAAUGUCGAAUGUACUAGUCUUGAAUUGGUGCACAAAACUACUUUGGACGAAGUACCGCUGGCUAUAUGUCCGUAUCAAGGAAGAGUUUUAGUGGGUGUUGGUAGAAUGUUGCGCUUAUACGACAUGGGCAAAAAGAAGUUGCUACGAAAGUGUGAGAAUAAACAUAUUCCCAAUGCUGUUGUUUCGAUUAACGCUAUUGGACAGCGGAUUUAUGUUAGUGAUGUGCAAGAGUCCGUGUAUGCUGUUAGAUAUAAACGUCAAGAGAAUCAACUUAUAGUCUUCGCGGAUGAUACGCAUCCAAGAUGGAUAACUACCACCUGUGUGCUGGAUUAUGAUACUGUUGCUACCGCUGACAAAUUUGGCAACAUUGCUGUUAUACGCUUAGCAAGUGGCAUUAACGAUGAUGUCGACGAAGAUCCAACUGGUAAUAAAGCUUUAUGGGACAGGGGUUUGUUAAAUGGCGCUAGUCAAAAAGCAGACACAGUUGCCUGUUUCCAUGUAGGCGAAACAGUUAUGUCUUUACAAAAAGCGACUCUUAUACCUGGUGGUUCUGAAAGUUUAGUAUACACAACAUUGAGUGGAACAGUAGGGGUGCUUGUUCCCUUUACAAGUCACGAAGAUCAUGAUUUCUUCCAACAUUUGGAGAUGCAUAUGCGCUCAGAGCAUCCACCACUUUGUGGGAGGGAUCAUUUGUCGUUCAGAUCGUACUAUUAUCCUGUGAAGAACGUCAUAGACGGAGAUCUCUGCGAACAAUUUAACUCGAUCGAACCAGCAAAACAGAAAAGUAUAUCAGGUGAUCUCGAACGAACGCCAUCUGAAGUGUCAAAAAAACUCGAGGAUAUUCGUACACGAUACGCUUUCUAA